AUGUCCGACAAUAUCAGACAAUUUGAAAUGUGGCUACAUGCGAGAGACGACAGUAUACGCAGACUUGGAGAGCUAUCAGAUGAACUUGACACCAUGCAGAAAUGGUUUAACUAUUCCAAAAUAGUUUCAACGACAGGGUCUAUAGUGUCUGGUGUUGGUGCUAUAGCCUGUUUUGCGAUGUCAGGUGUCACCUGUGGUCUUAGCACUGGCCUUGGACUUGCCCUUGCGGGCACUAGUGUUGGAAGUGCAGUGACUUCAGGAGGAGCAAGUAUUGGGAAAUAUUUUCACGAAAAACAUUUACUUCAAAAAGUUCAAAGUGCACUAGAGAGAGAUUUGAGUCAAUCUGUGUUGAUUAACGAAAGGAUUUCCCGUGAACAGGAAUUAAGGGAUCAGUAUGGAAGACAGUCGACAGGGAACACUGCCGUAAAAGUGUUCACUGAUUAUGCUGUGACAAAUGGAGUUCGCAUGGGGCCAAUAAACCUUUUCACGGAGAAUUUCGCCAAAAGAUUAGCACGCGCUGGAAUUUUACUCAACGUCUUGAUUCUACCCUUAGAUAUCAUAAUUCUUGUCGAAACAUCAGUCGAGACUUAUAACGGAUCAACAAACGUGGUAGCCUCGAGGAUACGCCAGAUUGUACAAGAACUAGAAAAUGAAAGAGAUAUGCUUCUGAAAGCUCUUCUGCAAUGA